CUACAAGACGACCAAAGAGGUCGUCAGAGGACCUGCUGGAUCUGCGAAGAGGCUGGAGAAGUGGCAGGGACGCUAAGCACCAAACGCUAGGGGAACUUGACACAGCAGUCUGGUGUCACUUGCCCGGUCAGCGUCGCUCGGUCCCGCGUGCUAACAACUCCUCCUCAGAGCCCUCGGACCCCAAGUCGCCGCCGUGGGACCCACGGCUCGCCAUCAUGGACAGGGCGACGGAGCUGCUUUUCUACGUGAACGGCCGCAAGGUGACAGAUAAAAAUGUCGAUCCUGAAACAAUGCUGUUACCAUAUCUGAGGAAGAAGCUCCGACUCACAGGAACUAAGUAUGGCUGUGGAGGGGGAGGCUGUGGUGCCUGCACAGUGAUGAUAUCACGAUAUAACCCCAUUACCAAGACGACCAGACAUUAUCCAGCCAACGCCUGUCUGAUCCCUGUCUGCUCUCUGUAUGGUGCUGCCGUCACAACAGUAGAAGGCAUAGGAAGCACCAAGACCAGGAUUCAUCCUGUUCAGGAAAGGAUCGCCAAGUUUCACGGCACACAGUGUGGCUUCUGCAGCCCAGGGAUGGUGAUGUCCAUCUACACGCUGCUCAGGAACCAUCCAGAACCCUCUCUGGAUCAGUUAACUGAUGCCCUUGGUGGUAACCUGUGCCGUUGCACUGGAUACAGGCCCAUAAUUGAUGCAUGCAAGACUUUCUGUAAAACUUCUGGCUGCUGUCAAAGUAAAGAAAACGGAGUUUGCUGUUUGAAUCAAGGGAUAAAUGGAUUUCCAGAAUGUGAGGAAGGAGAUGAGACGAACCUAAAACUCUUCUCAGAAGAGGAGUUUCUGCCAUUGGAUCCAACUCAAGAAUUGAUAUUUCCUCCUGAACUAAUGAUAAUGGCUGAGAAGCAACCACAAAAGACCAGGGUUUUUGGUGGCGAUAGAAUGACGUGGAUUUCUCCAGUGACCCUGAAGGAACUUCUAGAAGCUAAAGUCAAGUACCCCCAGGCUCCUAUUCUCAUGGGGAAUACCUCUGUGGGGCCUGCAGUGAAAUUCAAAGGUGUCUUUCACCCAGUUAUAAUUUCUCCUGAUAGAAUUGAAGAACUGAGUGUUGUAAACUAUGCAGAUAAUGGGCUGACCUUAGGUGCUGGCCUCAGCCUGGCGCAGGUGAAGGACAUCCUGGCUGACGCAAUCCUAAAGCUCCCAGAAGAGAAGACGCAAAUGUACCGUGCUCUCUUGAAGCACCUAGGGACUCUGGCUGGGUGCCAGAUCAGGAACAUGGCUUCUUUAGGGGGCCACAUUGUGAGCAGGCAUCUAGAUUCAGAUCUAAAUCCCCUCCUGGCUGUGGGCAACUGUACCCUCAACUUGUUAUCAAAAGAAGGAGAACGACAGAUUCCUUUAAAUGAGCAGUUUCUCAAAAAGUGCUCCAGUGCAGAUCUUAAGCCUGAAGAAAUCUUGAUCUCAGUGAACAUCCCCUACUCAAGGAAGUGGGAAUUUGUGUCAGCCUUCCGACAAGCCCAGCGGCAACAGAAUGCGCUCGCAAUCGUCAAUUCAGGAAUGAGGGUCUUUUUUGGAGAAGGAGAUGGCAUCAUCAGAGAGUUAUCCAUCUCAUACGGAGGCGUUGGUCCAACCACCAUCUGUGCAAAGAAUUCCUGCCAGAAACUCAUCGGAAGGCCCUGGAAUGAAGAGAUGCUGGAUGCAGCUUGCAGGCUGGUCCUGCAGGAAGUCUCCCUUCCAGGCUCAGCUCCGGGGGGGAAGGUGGAGUUCAAGAGGACCCUCAUCAUCAGCUUCCUCUUCAAGUUCUACCUGGACGUGUCACAGAUUCUGAAGAGGAUGGACCCUGUUCACUAUCCUAGCCUUGCAGACAAGUAUGAGAGUGCUUUAGAAGAUCUUCAUUCCAGACAUCACGGGAGUACAUUUACAUGCCAGGGUGUAGACCCAAAGCAGCUUUCUCCAGACCCGAUUGGCCAGCCCAUCAUGCACCUGUCUGGUAUUAAGCAUGCCACGGGUGAAGCCAUCUACCUUGACGACAUGCCUGAGGUGCACGGGGAACUUUUCUUGACUUUUGUAACAAGUUCAAGAGCUCGUGCUAAGAUUGUGUCUAUUGAUCUGUCAGAAGCUCUCAGCCUGCCAGGAGUGGUGGACAUUGUGACUGAGGAACAUCUUCAUGGCGUAAACUCCUUCUGCUUUAUAAACAAAACUGAGAAAAUUCUGGAGUCAAAUGAGGUAUCUUGCGUGGGUCAGCUGGUCUGUGCUGUGAUUGCAGAUUCUGAGAUUCAGGCAAAGAGAGCUGCAAAGCAAGUAAAGAUUGUUUACCAGGAUUUGGAGCCAGUGAUUCUAACAAUAGAGGACGCUGUACAACACAAUUCCUUCUUUGAGGAAGGAAGGAAACUGGAGUACGGAAAUGUUGAUGAAGGAUUUAAAUUGGCUGACCAAAUUCUUGAAGGUGAAAUACAUAUGGGAGGUCAAGAACAUUUUUACAUGGAAACCCAAAGCAUGCUUGCUGUUCCCAGAGUAGAGGAUCAAGAAAUGGAUAUCUACGUGUCCACACAAGGUCCCACAUUCACCCAGGACUUAGUUGCUUCAGUCUUGAAGGUUCCAGCUAACAAGGUCAUGUGUCAUGUCAAGCGUAUGGGCGGGUCGUUCGGGGGGAAGACGUUAAAAACUGGCAUCUUGGCAGCCAUCACCGCAUUUGCCGCUAACAAACAUGGCCGUGCAGUCCGCUGCAUCCUGGAACGAGGAGAAGACAUGUUAAUCACUGGAGGUCGCCACCCUUAUUUUGGAAAGUACAAAGCUGGAUUCAUGAAUGAUGGCAGAAUCGUGGCCCUGGAAAUGGAGCAUUAUAGCAAUGGAGGCAACACUCUGGAUGAGUCAUUACUUGUGUUAGAAACGGGAAUUCUGAAACUGGAUAAUGCUUACAAGAUCCCCAACCUGCGCUGCCGGGCGUGGGUGUGCAGAACCAACCUUCCAUCCAACACGGCUUUCCGUGGGUUUGGCUUUCCUCAGUCAGGAUUGAUCACCGAAUACUGUAUCACGGAAAUUGCAGCCAAAUGUGGAUUGUCCCCUGAGAAGGUCCGAAAGAUAAACAUGUACAAGGAAAUUGAUCAAAUACCCUGCAAACAAGAGAUUAAUCCCAAGAACCUGAUCCAGUGUUGGGAAGAAUGUAUGGCCAUGUCUUCCUACUCUCUGAGGAAAGCGGCCGUGGAAAAAUUCAACUCAGAGAACUAUUGGAAGAAGAAGGGGCUGGCCGUGGUCCCCGUGAAGUAUCCCGUUGGCCUUGGCUUACGCGUCCUUGGUCAGGCUGCUGCCCUCGUUCACAUUUAUCUAGAUGGAUCUGUGCUGGUGACUCACGGUGGAAUUGAAAUGGGUCAGGGGGUCCACACUAAAAUGAUUCAGGUGGUCAGUCGUGAAUUAAAGAUGCCAUUGUCCAGUGUGCACCUACGUGGAACAAGCACAGAAACCGUCCCUAAUACGAACUUCUCUGGCGGUUCUCUGACGGCAGACCUGAACGGGUUGGCAAUAAAGGAUGCUUGUCAAACUCUCCUAAAGCGCCUUGAACCCAUCAUCAGCAAGAAUCCGCAAGGCACUUGGAAGGACUGGGCACAGGCUGCUUUUGAUGAAAGCAUUCCUCUCUCAGCUACUGGAUACUUCAGGGGUUAUGAAGCAGACAUGAACUGGGAGACAGGCGAAGGCCAUCCUUUCGAAUACUUUGUUUUUGGAGCUGUCUGUUCCGAGGUUGAAAUAGAUUGCCUGACAGGUGCUCAUAAGAAUAUCAGAACAGACAUUGUCAUGGAUAUUGGCUUCAGUAUAAAUCCAGCCCUUGACAGAGGCCAGAUUGAAGGCGCAUUUAUUCAAGGCAUGGGACUUUAUACAACCGAGGAGCUGAAUUAUUCUCCUCAGGGUGUCCUGUACACUCGUGGUCCAGACCAGUAUAAAAUCCCCUCCAUCUGUGACGUCCCUGCAGAGCUAUACAUCUCUUUGUUGCCUCCAUCAGAAAACGCGAACACCCUGUAUUCAUCAAAGGGUCUGGGAGAGUCUGGGAUGUUCCUGGGGUGUUCGGUGUUUUUCGCCAUCUAUGACGCCGUGAACGCCGCACGACAGGAGAGACAUCUGUUUGGACCUUUGAAGCUCAAUAGUCCACUGACCCCGGAGAAGAUUAGAAUGGCCUGUGAAGAUCAGUUCACAAAAAUGAUUCCAAGAGACAAACCUGGAUCCUAUGUUCCUUGGAACGUACGCAUAUGAAUCAAGUACAAGCUUAUAGAGAAAAUGGAGCGACUCUUCCACCAUAGCAAUGUAUCCAGUCUCUAUGCUCUAUGCUGCUAGGUCUGAAAGACAAAUUUUCACAGUUCAGAAAUCAUUUCACAGAGUAUUGCUUUUAUAUGAUGCUGAUUUUAAAUGUUCCAUUUAGGUUUUCAUAGAUAUGCUUAAGCAAUUUAGAAAUCAUAUUUUAAAUGGUACCAGUACUAACUGGUUUCCUCUAUAAUGGUAUUCCCCAUUACUCCGUUCCUUCAACCCAACCACCUGAAUGGAAUAGAAGAUGAUAAUUUGUGUAUGAUUUAUGUUUGGCUUACAUCCACUAACAGAAAUUUACUGUCUAAUGAAAGGCAAUUUUCUAUAUUUUUAUUAGUAGUACGAACUGUAAAGGAUAUUCACAUUUUACUUUAUACACUUUUGUAAUUUUUAGUUUUAAAAAAAUUUGUAUUACUUUUGCAAUUUAAAUCAAAUUAAUAAACAAAUGCAUUUAACGCCUAGAAAUGCACCUGAAUUCGUGA